AAACAUUAAAGAUCAAUAAAAAAAAAUUUAGUUAAUAAAACUUUUAACCUACGUCGUAGUAAUAUUUUGGAAGGGAUGAAACUAGAUUAAUCGACCCAUCGUGCCGUGGCAACCCUCUGUCUUCUAUUUGUACACGUAAUUAGUAAUGUCAAGGAUAAAAGGCAUUGACCUGUCAUAGCAUAUAAUAAUGUCUGAAACGUCAAGUACAGGUCUCAUCGCAGCACGCAUAAAUCCUAUUUAUAGACAAAAAUCCAAGAAAAUUGAACUAUUGAGUAUUGCUCAUCCAGCACCAUUCAUCCUUCGACCUUUCGCUGGACUCUUCAAUCCCUUUCCUUAUGGCUGUUCUGUGUUGUGUAAUCAUCCUGCCGAUUGUGAAGCGAAAGAAUUCAUUCGGCGGGCAAAAGAAUCAUGGGCAAUGGAAGGCAAAGCAAUUCUCUUACCGGAAGAAAUGGAGAUGAUUAGAUCUACCCUUUUAGCAGGAACUGUUUUAGAUUCCGGAGAAAUAAAUGAAUUAAAUAAUAGUAUAAACAUCAACACUACCACGACUGUUCCUGAAGAACUCUUUCGCAAAUAUACUGAAACUGAUUCUAGACCAUUAACUCCAACGCCAACAUUAGCCAGUGGAACAAUAGCUAUACAUCAAAAUCCUUGUGAUCAAAUUCCCAUUCCUUGUAAUCCUCGAGAACGUACUACUUUGAUUCUAGAUCUUAGAACAGCUUCACAAGAACAAGACGAGACAUUAAGCUGGCAUGCGCUUACUUUGGAACCUCCACCAAGUCCUAGAAAAACUAGUGAGUAUUCAAAAACACCUCCUUUAAUCCAAAGACAUCAACAAUCACGUCAAGACAGUCAUCCAUUAAUUGUAGAAGUUAGUGAAGAGUAUGCGUCAACAAAUCGAGAUGAUGAUGAGGAUGGUGAAGAUGACGAUGAUAGAAGUGAAAGUGGCAAUGAAAUGCCUCUGAAACGUCGAGGAAAACGUUUAAAAAAACGAAGAUGUCGAAGAGGAUCUGGUUAUGGACAGUUAAACGAAGUAAGAGAUCCGUUAGAACCAUUAGAAACUCAAGUAUCACAGGUUGAAGAUACAUCACGUAGAAAUAGCUCUCAAAUGCAGCCAGGAAAUACUGGAGAAGCUAAAACUUGCUCCGAAAAAAUUACAACAGUACUCCAGGAUGAUAUAAUUAAUUCGAGUUUUAUUAGUUCUGAAAUUUUGAAACACCUUGUUAGGGAAUUAGAUAAAGAUAUUGUUGAAGAAGAAUUUCGUUUAAAACGAAAAAUUGCUUUAGAAGAAGCAUUGAAAAUCAAAGAAGAAACUAAUAGUAAUCUGAAAACUUCAUCUCGAUCGAAUUUACUUCAAUCUUUAUCAUCACCUUCAAAUGCACCACGUAUAUUUUCUAGACAAAGUGCAAGAUUUGAAUUGUUAAACAGUUCAAGUCUAGCUCGUUUAACGCCUUUAGAUUAUUUGGAAAAACAUGUUUUUAUUACUUCUGGAAGGAAACUUAUUUUUGGAAGAACAUUUAAUAAAUUUUAUGAAGAAAAUUUAGAUGGAAAAAGGCUCAUAUCACCUAAUGACUUCAUGGAGGCUCUUCAAGAAGUAAUGGGAAAAUCUUUGAACAAUGAUCAAUUGGAAAAAUUCAAAGAUAUAAUUGGUGAAAUUACAAAACCAUUGAAUUUUCGAACUUGGUGUGGAAUUUGCGCUGUUUGUGAAAGGCUUUUAUGUCCGUUACCACCUAGAGAUUUAGAUUCACCAACUUGGAUUGAAAAAGCAGAUUUUGAAGCUCUUGAACAACGAUUACAAUCUGCUGGCACCAAUGUAAAUCCAAAAUUAGUUCUUUUGUUGAGAGAAAUUAGAGAUCGUUAAAAAUAUUUUUACAUAAAUUAUUUUAUUAUUAUUCUUGUGAAUAUUAAUAUGAUAAUUUUAUCAUUGCCCACAUAGAAAAAUAUUUACAUUUUUCACUCAUGCUCAUAAAAUAUAAAUUAAAAAAAUUCACACAAGAAAUAUCAAUUCAUACAUUGAGCGACAAUUAUCACUAAACUUCUAACACUCAUAAAAA